AUGGCAAGUACUACCGUCGACCCUACAGUAGUUGUUCUUGAAGUUCUUAACCAAUUCUCUAACUACGAACGUUGGAGUUUGGCUGUCAAGAAUUACUUGCUGGCUGAAGAUCUCUGGGAUGUUGUUGAAAACACCAACCAACCUCCUAAAGAAGAUGAACCCGAAUUCAAGACAUGGAGGAGGAACAAUGCCAGGGCCUUGCGUAUAAUCCAAAAUUGUUGCGGGACGUAUAAUUCUAAUUUCAUCAAUAAAACCAGUUCGGCGAAAGAUGCUUGGGACACUUUAGCAAAAAUGUUCGAGCCAGUAUUUUUCGACUUCAAAGGCUCUGCCGAGCACAUGAGUGAUACACUAAAGUUGGUGCUAGCUAAUGACAUAAAACUAGAUGAAAUUGAAGGGAACGGAUCUUAUGACGCAGCAAUCGAUGGCGAUGCCAAGCACUUGAGUCAUAAGCAGGAGUUGGGGCUAGGUAAGGACAAUGAACUAGAAGAAACUGAAGAUAUUAAUCACAAUGACAACAAUGACGAUAACAAGUACAAAGAAUUCUUCCAUGAUGUAGAGUGUGGUAACUGGCCUACUGCACUGGAAUUUCUUGACCGAAAUCCCGACGCUGUAAGAGCUAAUAUUCCAAAUUUGGGGUGCACGGCUCUUCACACCGCAGUGAAGACCAAGCAAGUAGAUACUGUAAAAAAAUUGGUGCAGUUAAUGAAAGAAGAGGACAUGGAAAUAAAAGACGACUUUGGUUGCAUGGCUUUUCAUUAUGCUGUGGCAAUGAAUAACAUCCAAAUGACUAGAUGCAUUGUUGAAAAGACCGACAAAGUACUUGGCAUUCCCUUUGCAUUUCCCUUUGCUUCGUAUGGUGGUUGGCUUCCAGUUCUCGUGGCUUAUGGUUCUGAACUAUGGGAAAUGGCUAGCUUUCUUUAUAAGCACACUCCACUCGAAGUUCUAAAAGGUCGAAAUGGUGCAGAACUUAUUUCCCAGGCUGUUGGUAGAAUGGAAAUUGAUAUUGCGUGGGAUUUAAUUCAUCAAUGCCCAAGCUUGGUUGUUGCCACAGACUUCUUCGGCCAUUCUCCUUUAAAUGCAUUGGCUGGCAAGAGAUCUGCAUUCUUAAGUGGAAAACGGCUGAAAUUCUGGGAACAAUGGAUUUAUAACACUAUACACAUACCACCUACACUCACCAUGGAGAGUCAAAAAACUUCUGCCAUCCACGGUAUUCGGAUAGAUGAUCAGAAACUAGAAAACAUUGAAGACAAUCAAAGAAACAUCAAGCGCACAGGUAGGGUUUCAUUAAGACAACUCGGAAAAAGUCUCCUUAAACUUUUGGAUUCGGGUAUGAGAUAUUCAUUUGGACAAGUUGCAACAACUCUCCUUAAACUUUUGGUUUCAGUGGGGAGGUUACCCCCAUAUGAACCAUUCGAUCGUAUUCAAGAUGCAGCUUUGCAAAUGCAGAGAGAACUACAAUGGUUACAGGAGGUGGAGGAUCUUGCACCUCAAAGUCAUGGUGACGUGAUGAACAUUACAGAUAAUAUGACAGCACGUGAACUAUUUAAGAAGAACCACACAGAUUUGAUGAAGGAGGCAGAAAAGUCAAUGAAAGGGAUUGCAACUUCUUCUACAGUUGUUGGUGCAUUAAUUGUAACCAUGAUGUUUGCUGCAACGUUCACAGUUCCCGAUGGAAACAAUGAAGAAACAGACAGUCCCCUACUCUUACAUGAAAUGUGGUUUAUGGUUUUUAUAGUUUCAGAUGCCAUAUCCCUCUGUCUUUCAACAACUUCCGUCAUCAUAUUUUUAGGAAUACUCACAUCACGGUAUGCGGAAGUUGAUUUCCUUGAAUCUUUGCCCGCAAAAAUGAUAUUUGGCCUUGUAACCCUCUUUCUCUCUAUCACCACCAUGAUGGUUGCUUUCUCUUCUGCCAUCUAUAUUCUGCUUGAGAAGAAGUCAGGGACUGGUAUUCCAGUUAUCUUACUUGGUGGCAUUCCGGUCACCACAUUUGUAUUGAUGCAGUUUCGCUUGUUGAAAGAGAUGGUCAUUUCUACUUACGGAGCAGGAAUAUUUCAGAAGGAAGUCAAAUCGUGGCGUAAAAAUCUUGAUGGCAUGUAG